CCCUGUGAGAGCAGGGGACGGACCCUGUGGUGUUCAAAAAUCCGUAUCAAAAUCUCUAUAACCUUAAUCCUGGUGAAGCAUCUAUUUUUCAUUGGUUCAACGUCCGUCCCGCGUGUGUCAAAUCCAGUGUUUGUUAUGUUAUUCAUGCGAUUGUCGAAGAGCCAUCCAUCAUUGAGAGUGUACCAUCGAGCUAGGAAGAACUGAAUUAAAUAUCAAUCCGUUGGAAUUACAGGGUUCUUAUCAGAUGUAACAGAUGGACGUUUUUUGUGUGAUUAAUCGACGUGAGAAAAUUGUGUUAAUUGAGCCGCAAGUUGCUCAGCAAUAGACCGGGGAGAGUGAAUAUUCAGCAUGAAGUCAAGGGGGAAAUGCCAUGGGAGGACAUGAUGACAGUAGAUCGAUGACACUAUCAAUUAAUUGGGAUUGAAAUUGAGGUGCACGCAGUGCUCUCAGGGACUCGCGUGAGUGUACUGUGCGUGCUGGUGAGAUUGUGCUUUAUUUUUUAAUAAAACAACAGACGAGAUAGAUAAUGUCAGCUUACGCCCAAUUCGGAUACUCAUAUCCGUCGGCAUCACAGCUGUUGGUGAGUGGAGGACAACCGACAACAGCUACAUCACCGGCAAUGUCGUCAGGUGGUGCAUUGAGUCCUGGUGCUUUGUCACCGUCGUCAACGGCUACGACGACAACAGGAGCAGCGCCAGGCACAUCAGGAGGUGCUACAACUCCUGUUGGUGGCUCUGGUUGUUGUGAAAAUGGUAGACCGAUGAUGACAGAUCCUGUCACGGGUCAAACGGUGUGCUCCUGUCAGUAUGACACUGCUAGACUUGCCCUAGGUGCCUAUCCACGAUUAGCACCAACUGCCACUUCCUACUCGUCGUAUCCCACGCCCACACCGUCAGCCACGGAUCAGGGGCCCUAUCCUAGCAUCGGAAUGGACAGCUCGGCGUUCUAUUCACCUCUGGGAAAUCCUUAUGGUUUGAAGGAUGCCACGGGAAUGGGAAUGACAGCGGACAUGGGUGCAGCAUGGGGCACAGCAGCACUGCAACCAGCGGCCACGGGGUACUAUCCUUACGAUCCAACGCUGGCGGCUUACGGUUAUGGGGCUGGUUACGAUCUCGCAGCGCGUCGAAAGAACGCAACGAGAGAAUCAACAGCGACCCUAAAAGCCUGGUUAAACGAGCACAAGAAAAAUCCGUAUCCAACUAAGGGUGAAAAAAUUAUGCUCGCUAUUAUAACUAAAAUGACACUCACCCAAGUAUCAACGUGGUUUGCCAAUGCAAGGAGAAGACUCAAGAAGGAAAAUAAAAUGACGUGGGAGCCGAAAAAUAAAACUGACGAUGAUGAUGAUGCUGUUCUCACUGAUUCAGAGGAUAAUAAGGACAAGGAUGACAUGAGCAGUGACAAUCGAGUGGAUAGAGUUAGUGAUGAUGCAAGACGGAGUUUGGAGGAUAAUGAACCCAUGAGGCAUGUGAAGGCUGAGCACAUGCAGCACGACAAGGAUCUGGAGGACGAUGACGACCUGGAUCUUGAAGAUGACCCAAGGAGCCGAGAGAUGUCCUUCCACCACAUGCCCCAGCACCACCACAGUCACCAUCAUCAGGGCUACAUAAGUGAAGACCACCUGAAGGACGAGGGUGUCAAGCCCGAUUGUCAAGCAGGUGGUGUUCCCAUUCCCGCGACGAAGCCCAAAAUCUGGUCGCUGGCUGACACAGCAGCCUGCAAAACCCCUCCACCUCCCUCCCAUCCUCACCACCAGGCGUAUCUGAAUCACCAACAGCACUACAGCCAUCAGCCUCAAGGUCAUCCACAGCAGACGCCCCAGCAUCACCUGUCCAGUCAGUCCCAUCAUCAACACUCCCAGCAGCCCUGGCUCGGCUCCGGGGGUGGCGGUGGUCUUGGUAAUUUUGCCCUACCUUCUGCCGCAUCAAUGAGCCCGUCAUCCGCAGCGACAGCGCCCUACUCCAACGCCGUAACGAGAUACGGUGGCUUUCUGAGCUCCUCGUCAGGUGGACAACUCCACUACAAUCCAAACUCAUCGUCUGGCUCGACAUCAAGUGCAUCAUCAUCGGCAGCGGCGGGGUUUCCCGAGGUUGGGACGGACACGCCACCCCAAACACCUCCCAAUAUGAAGGUGACAACACCCAACGGCGUGAUCCAGGGCCCUCCGGGAGCAUACUGCCCUGGUGGCAGUACCACAGCCAAUAGCAAUGGUACAGCGAGUCAUUAUCCAAGUGGAUUGGCUGCUAGCAGUGGUUAUCUGUCCUCCAGUUCGGGAUCAGCCAGCAGUGCAUCGUCCUUCGGGGCUCGCUUGCAAAGCUCUCCACACAAGGACUUCUCCUCUGGCAACCAGACCUCCGUCCUUCACCAACAAACGACUGCCAGUCUUCCGCCUACGGAGGCCACCACGGCGUUCAAGCCCUUCUACAAAGGAUCCCAGUCCAUGGCCAGUGGUUUUGUAUCGCCGGUUUAGACCGCUGUCUCCGAAUCCUCGGGUCACUAUCAGCACUCGUUGUUAUUCAGAAUAUUCUGAAACACCGAACAAGCGGAUAUUACCAAUCAAUAAUCCAACCAGUGUCCCAUAAAUUGUAAUGAAAUAUCCCGGGAAAAAAACGAGUCAUUGGAAUAAGGAGUACAGGAGGAAAUAAAUAAAACCGUAGAGUUGAAAAAAAAAGAUAAGAGGAAAAACGGAGAUAGAUAGUGGUGUGAGAUGAAGCGAAGAGUGCCACGACCUCCGAGCCACCAUAAAUCGUUUGGUAGCUGUUGGAUGCUGAGGCCAAUACACAUCGGAGUGAGACUCUAUGGUGGAGGCGAAAGGCUGAAGGGGGAUUAGAAGGACGAGGAGGGGGAUUAGAAAGGGGUCGGAGGGAGAGGAUAAGAAGAAACCUAGAAAAACCGAGUGCAGAGCGUCUUACGGAUACGUGCCAGUGGCGGAGGUGCUGCAGUGCAUUUUCAAGCGACGUAACAAGGGGACUCUAGAGCAACUUCUCCUCGAAGGGUUGUUACAACCUCCUCGUGCACUAGCAGCAGCAAGAGAAAUCUAACAAUGAAAAAUGAAGGAGAAAAAACAAAUUUAUUGUCGGGCAAAGUGCAAAUAGCACCCGCGACGAGAACUUGGUUCCCAAUCGCUGGGCGGUCGCAAGGAUUAUAUAUAAAUAUAAAUUUUAAUUGAAGAUACUUCAUUGUGUAUAGAGACUUAAUAAUAAAGAGAAGAGUUGAAAAAUCGUACCUUACGACCGCGGCAGCUAUCGCUUUACCUUAACCCUAUUCUACUUAUUAGAGGAUAAAUUAGGAGUACAGCAAGGGAAAUUCGUAACACUCCAGAUGCAGAACACAAUCCACAGUAAAUAAACAGGCAAAUGGAAAAUGUAUAGGGACGCUAUGUCAUUAUUAACCGCAGUGAGGAAUGAUAUGAAAAAAUUAACCGUCACACUUUGAUUAAUUGUUUAUCACGUGGAGAGGAAAAUAGGAGAGAGAGAUGCGAUAUUAAAUUAAACGUAUUCUAGCCCCGUAGUAGCUUAAGGCAUGUACUCUGAGGGUUAUCGUGGCGCGUCGCCGCCCACGUGGUUUUUCCCCCGCUCCUCUAUAGACACGCUAUGCAUAUAUUAAUAUGGAGUAAAUAUACGUGCCAGUGAUUACGAAUGCCCAUGUGAGCCAUAUGGGAAUCAAGGAGAGAGGUAGUGAUAAAAUGAACAAAAAAAGGAGAAUUUGAAUGAUAAGUUUGGGAUGAAGAAUUAAGGGUAAAAUUUAUAUUGAUCAGACAUUGGCGCCCUGCGUCGUGUUCACGCAGUCUCGAGGACGUUUAUCGAUUAGUUUUAUGCUGAAUCAUAUUUAAAAGAGUGUAAGGAUGAAUUUGAUUAAAUGAUUCUUCACUCUUUGCUUAUUUUCUUAAUUUUAUGGACGAUUUUUUAAAUGUUGUUGGUAUUUUAUUAUGAAGACAUAUUUUUCUGGUGUUUGUAAAUUAAUGAAAAAUUACUGUGUAAUCAUUCAUGUAAUUUUGGAGAUGAAAUCAAGCUUGGGGAAUGUAAAUUAUUGCUUUUUAUAAAGAUAAAAAAAAAGGGUCGAGAGCAUUGAAAAGUAUAACGAAAAAGUUGAUUUAUUUGUAUCUGUGAUAAACGAAGAAAAAAAAUUGUAAAAGAUAGUGGUUUAGGUGCUGGUGCAUUCGUUCACUCGUACAAACCCUAUGUAUGCAGAAAUCAUCAUUAUAUAAACAGAAUUAGUUGAAAUAUCUUUUUGUAUAUAAUUAGGAUUUAAAAAAAUGAAACUUGAGCGUACGCGUGGGCGGCAUGGAGGAAAGACCACAUUAGCCUAGACUAGAACUGGAUAACCCUCCCAAUCCAAACUCAAAACUACUAAAAUUUGUGAAUAGUAAAUUAAUUAGGACGGGUCUAAGGUACAGCGUUACAAGAGUCUUUGCUCGGUUGUUCGUACGAUUGUAAAUUAAACGAAGAAAAAACGGCAAAUACUUCACUAAAAACCUACGAAAAAAGCCACUGUAAAUAAUUUUGAAUGUGAAUAUAGAUAAAAAUAUAAAUAU